AUGGCGGGUGUGAACAAUCAUGUCUCAGGGCCUGCAGCUGCUGUGGACGCUGCGUCAAAUCGCAAACGCACUGUAGCAAUGGCAGGAAUGGACAGCUCCCCCGGCAGCAUUGAUGAUGGUGAAGAUAUCGACCGUGAUGAUCGAAGGCGACAGCCGGUGAAGCGUGCCUGUAAUGAGUGUCGACAGCAAAAGCGAGUCGGAAAACGAAGUCGCAAUGCGGAAAUGGAACGAGAAAUUAUCGAACUCAGAAAGCAGAUCGCGACCGCGAAUUCCGGUGCAGGCGCCUACCAGCAGCAACCACAGCUUUCGGCGGGCCAAGUCACGCCCAAGCAAGAGUCGAACCAUGUCAGUCCCGCCGGAGUCUACCAAACACCGUCAGCCAUGUCCGCGGAUCAAUACAUGGGUUCACAGGAGGCGGUCGCAUCGCUGCUCGAUUUGCGAUCGGGCUACGACGGCUCUACCUACAUGCGCAACAAUACUCACCAGUUCAAACGGAUAGAAGACGUGAUAGUCGUGCCCGAAAAAGUCAAGGAGCUCUUCGGUCUAUUCUUCACAUACUACCACCCAUUCCUCCCAUUUCUAAACCGAACGAAACCCCCCGAGGAGUACUUUUCUGCUUCGCCACUCCUAUUCUGGACGAUUGUCAGCGUCGGCGCAAGGCGAUAUCAGAGUGAUUCAGGCCUACUGACUUCCCUUGCCGGGCCCGUGACUCGCCUUGUCUGGAGUACGCUGGCCGAUAUACCCCAGAGCUACCAUGUGGUCAAGGCGCUCUGUCUUUUGUGCUCGUGGCCGUUCCCUACAAGCAGCACCUCAACAGAUCCCACAUUCAUGCUUUGUGGUAUGAUGAUUCAGGUCGCGAUGCAGCUGGGUCUUCAUCGCCCGUCGCAUACCCAAGAUUUCAGCAAGUUCAGAGUGGAGCUUAUUGAAGAAGAAUUGAGGGACAAGGUGCAGACGUGGGCUAUCUGCAAUAUUGUUGCGCAGCGAGUGUCUACGGGCUAUGGUCAGCCGCCCUCAACGCUUUACGACUGGACUUUAUCGGGCGAUUCCACCGAUCCCAACUUCAAACUUCCGUCAGAUAUCCUGUCUCGGCUUAAUGUCGAAAGAUUCUGUGACAAGAUUACAAAAGCUCUGUACAGCAACCGACGUGACCCGGUUGGUCUCUCUACUGAUCAAGAGAGACACGCAAUGAUUUCAUUUCUGUCCCGUGACUAUGAUGAGCUAGAGGAACAACUCAAGCCACAACAAGAUGCCGCAAAUUUACAUUUGCAUCUUUCUGCAUUCUUUGAUGAGCCUUCCAAGAAGGAUUAUCGCGAACGUCUUCUCGCCUUAUAUGUCGCCACUACAUCUUUCCUUGAAGCGGCCAUGACAUUGGAAACGGAUAUGGGACCCGUGCUUUCCUAUACGCCCUAUUACAUAUAUCAGAUGAUGGUCGCAGCUGGGUGCACACUUCUCAAGCUGAGCAAGAGUUUCUUCUCGUCCCAUAUUGAUAUGGAACACACGAAGAAUCUUUUCAAUCGCACAAUCUGGGCUAUUCGUGGCGUGUCAGUGUCUAGCAACGACCUCCCAGAGCGGCUUGCCGAGGUGCUUGCUCAGAUGUGGAGGCUCGGAGGUGGCACUCAGCGGGUAGCUGGUGGUAACACCGACGUGGAUGAUUCUCUAAGGUUGAAAGUGCGGUGUCGUAUGAGCAUGUCCUUGCUUUUCGACUCUGUCUGGCGAUGGCGAGAGGAUACGCGGACGAAGGGACGGAACAUUGAAGCAUAUCUCAAAAACCCUACGAAUCCAGACUCGGCAGCGGAUUCAUCUGCCGCAUCCUCAGUGGGCCUAACUAGAACCCACUCAUCCACUCCUGGGAUCUCUGGGGCCGAUCCCAGCCUAGCACCAGCGCCCAUGCUGGCUACGCCCACUCUCGGAGUACAACAACCGAGUUCGGGAGUUAACGCGGGAGUUAACAGUCUCCCUAGUGGAUUUAUGGAGCCAAACUACGAGGUCUUCGAUCCAUUAAACUGGCUUCUCGACGGGCUCGUCGAUCUGCCAUACUCUUAUUCGACCAUGGGUGGUAUAGAGCCUCAAAGUAUUGUAUAG